UGGCUGGUGCCCGAACCUACAGGACGUGCUCGUUCCCAGUUUUUCCCAUCAGAAAGACGUGGGACAUUGCCUCGCCCCUCUCCUGCGUUAUUUCGCUUGUGAAAACUUCCAGCUAAGCUCAUGCACGGGGGACGCGUGCUUAGGGUUUUAAAGCCUCCUUCAGGUCUACCAGUCAUGAAACGAAUUCUUCUGUUUUUUAUCCUGGCUGCUGCUGUUAUGUAUGGUAUACUGCAUGGAAAUUUGUGGAGAAAUAACCUCUACUGGAUUAGCUUUUAUGGACAGACUUCUUCUGUGAGGGCUCCUUCUUCCAAUGAGGCUAGUGGAGUUACCCAGCUGCUACCUACGGCUGCAGAGAGAAGGAACAUGCUAGACACGUGUCUCCUGAAACCAGCAUUUGAAUCUUUACUGGAUGUUGACAAAAUAUACCCAUUCCUGUGUGCCAAUGAUUUUAUCAGAGCGGCAGAGUUCCAUGGAAGUGAUAAGUUUGAGCUACCUUACGGAAUAAAGAGAGCAGAGCAAUUUUUUCGUUUAGCUCUUUCAAGACUGCAAAACUGUGGACUGUCCAAUGAAGAUGACAGCGUUUCCUGUCGACGGUGUGUUGUGGUUGGUAACGGAGGAGUACUUCGAAAUAAGACGUUAGGGGAAAAAAUUGACUCAUAUGAUGUGAUAAUAAGAAUGAAUAAUGGCCCUGUUAUAGGGUACGAAGAGGAUGUUGGGAGAAGGACAACUUUCCGCCUUUCUUACCCAGAAUCCAUCUUCUCAGAUCCGAUCCACUACGACCCCAAUACAACUGUUGUGAUCAUUGUCUUCAAACCACGUGACUUAAAGUGGCUUUGGGAGAUACUAGGCGGUCAGAAAAUUAAUGCUAAAGGCUUUUGGAAGAAACCAGCUCUGAACAUGAUAUACAAAUCUAAUCAAAUCAGGAUUCUUGAUCCCAGCAUCACCAGAAAAACAGCUUAUGAUUGGCUUCAUUUCCCAACAAGGUUUCCCAAAAAAGAGAAACCCAAGCACCCAACAACGGGGUUAAUUGCCAUUACACUAGCAUUUCACAUUUGUCAUGAAGUUCACCUGGCAGGCUUCAAGUACGACUUCACUGACAGAAACAGUUCUUUGCACUACUAUGGCAACGAUACAAUGUCUCAGAUGAUGCAGGCAAGGUUUCUGCACUGAAACUUUAUUGUACAAGCUGCCCAUUACGUUGAUCACAUCAUCAGUGGUGAAGCUGUCACGUUUUGAAUCCCAGGGUGCUGCAAGCCUUAUUUCCGUGUCUGGUAACAGCGUAACUACCUAGGUGCCGGGUACCUCAUGUGAAGUGCUUUUCUGUAUCAAUUGGAGAUGGUUUCACCACUGCUUCCUAUCUUCCCAUUCUCCAGCAGUCUGCUGAAUUUCAAGCCAGCAGCAUCUUGCAGCAAAGGUGAUCCUGCGUUUUAUCUGCCACCCCCCUACAAAAUGCUCCACCAUCAGAAAGACCCAACUCUAAAGUACCAACAUAUACACACAGACACACACACACAGACAGAUAACGUGCUUCAGCCAGAGUUCCGUUUGGCUCAGACUUUUAGGGUGCCUGUUUGUUUUUGUCAGUAUCUUUUCCUCUGCUGUAAUAAUUAAGGGAAGUUCUGAGAUACGACCUAAGAAGGAAGGUCACAAAUUAUUGCACUAAAUAUGAAUUUGAGAGUGCUUAAAAGGUAACAAAACCAUGUUCCAGUGACUCUGUGUUGAGAAUAAUACAGAAUCACAAGGUUGGUGUUUAAUAAUCAGUGCAUGAUAUUUCUAGUUUCCUACGCCAUGUUUCUCUUUUUAACAGUGCCCUGGCAGGUAAUAUAAACACCUUAACUUUUAAGCGGAGUCUGAUUUUUAAGAACGUACAAAGCUCAACAUCUGUUUCUGGUAUAGGUAAUUAAUUAUUUGCCAUUUUUCUUAAGUUUUAUAUGCCUUUAAAGUGCCAACUGUAUUUUGAAGACAUUCUUAGAGUUUUUCAAGUGAAAUUUUGAAUGCUACAAAUGGAAAGAAAUUAUUUUUCUGUGAAUAAAUUGUGUUAAAGAUGCUGCCCUCAAGCUUAUUUUUGUAAGGCCCGUGCCGUGUGUGUGCCCAAGCCCAUUAUUAGUGCCGUGUAAAGUAAAUAAGGGAUUGUCAGAUGUGGCAUCAAGUUUCAAAAUGAACUUCUGUGGUUAGUAGGGCAAACAGGGCUGAAAAUUUUUGAGCCUAGGUACAGUACCUGAACUGUGCUGCAGGUAGAAAUAUCACUCUUGGCUGAUUAAAAGCACAGCUGGGACAUAUUUGUGGGCAACGUCAAGAUGAGCAUCCUCCUGACAUUGUUUCGUGGCUUUUUAAUCUUACCUGCCUUACUGCCUUAUUUCAGGGGAAUGCUAAAAUAGAUGUUUAACUAGGAAGAUGUGUGUGAUGAAUGACUUUAGAUUGGAAGCAAUCAACACUGAUUUCAGUACUUCACUCAUGUUGUCUUUUCUCUUUCCUCCUGUGCAGUAAAAAUGAGAUGAUGGGGAGCGGGGACCUGCUUAGCUGGCGGCUUCAAGGAGCUUGAGGGCAAUUUAAAACACAGCUGCCUGCCCCAAGUGGUGGUUAUUCAAUGCAUUCAUUUUGGUAUUGACCUUUGCAGGAGUUCACCUGCUUGCAGGGAAUGCCCAUCUUUGAGGUGAGACCACGGGCUGCAAUCCACUCUCUGCAGUGGAGCAACAGAUCAUCACUGAGCUAGUUAGUGACAAACUGGUUGCCACUGUCAAACCAGCUUUUUGCCACAGGAGAAAAAAUGGGACAUGGGGAGAUCAGCAGAAUGGGAAAAGCUGUUCUCAAAUGAUCGGAAGAGCUAGGGAUGUAACAGGCGUCUCAAAGCCUGGGCAGCCCACAGCCAACUUUGGCUUUUUGGCUGAGUGUAACCACCCAACAACGCAUCUCAUACCUAUUUGAUUUUUCAGCUUCCCUACAUCCUGCCCCCCGUGCCUUUUUCAGCUGCACUCCUGCACACACCGCUGUCCCCAGCCCAUAACCCCUGCUCCUUGCCGAACCCUUGCUCUGUGCAGUGCAUCAGGAAUGCACCAGUGCCCUGGCGGGAGCCCCUCACACCCCAGAUUCCCCUGGGUCCACAGCUGCCAUCUCCUGCUAAAUGCAAUGCUAGGGCAAUGCCUUCCUCUCAGGGAGUUAAGGUAAGCCUUGUCAGCAAGGAGGAAACAAAGAAAAAUCUGCAUUUAUAUAUAGAUUUGUUUUUUCAUAUCAGGUUGUCAGUGGCUUCAGAGAGUCCUUGUAGUCUGAUACAUGUAUUUGGUGGGUUGAGUGUUCCUUCUAAUAACCCUGAUUAAUGAAGAGAGGAUUUUUUUUAAAGAUAUUUAAUAAGAUAUUUUUUUCAAAUCAGUACAAAAAUUUUAAAUACAAAAUUAUUUGCUUUUGACAUAUCUCAUAUAUUCUGGAAACAUACCCAAGUCACCAAUGCCUGGUAAGCUGUCCAUCCGUUCCUGCCAACGUUCCGUAAAAUUUCUGAGAUAAAGCACCACAUUAUAUAUAUCACUGGAGUCCUUAGUCAAUGUUAGACUGCAUUAAACUCUGCAUUUAAAUAACAGUAAUGCCAGUUAAAUCCAAUUUUAGUUCUGUAUGAAAAAUCUAGUUCAUUUUUGAAUCAAAAGCAGUAGCAUUAGCUAAGACAUGGAAGAAGUGAGGAGUAUUUGACUCUUUCAACUAACGUGUGUGAUGUGCAGCACUGUACAGGGAAACACAGAAAAGGACACUGUCAUUUUUAAAUUAAUACUCUUGAGGUGAGAUUAGCACCAUUGAUGAACAGACAGUUCUUGCAUAAAAGUUGCUUUUCCCCACAUACAGAAAAGAUUGAGGCCUCUGCAGAUUCUCCUAGACAAUUGGUAACAUAUAAAUAAGGAUUGGAAAUCAGCUUUUAUUUAAAAUGAAGUUGUUGGAUAAAUUUUUAUGAUCAGUAUUGCUGGUAAAGUUAUUGAUUGAUCUCAGUCAAUGAAUUAGUUAAUUAGCAAGCAGAGCUACUUCUGCUUUGCCUAGUCGUCGAAGAGUAAACUGAUUCAAUUUUGGCUGAGUGGCAGAAUACCUGUAUCUUAUUACAAGCCAGACAGACUGCAGGUUUUUAGCAUGAAUACAGGAAUCGAAGCAAAUUUAUACCACCCUGCUGCAUUGCCACAUGUCAGCCAAGAUGUCUUAAUCAUGGCAUAAAGCAAAUAGGAAGACUUUAAAUUUUGUAUGAUCUACCACAUCUGCUUCAACAGUGCAAAUGCAGAUGGAGGCUUUUUGGGUGCUGUGGCAUUUGGAGGUGAACCCAGUGCCCACUGGAGUCAGGCACCUUUCUGGGUCCAGAAACCCCUGGAGAAAGCUCUCGGAAUGGUUAUGCCAUCAGUAUUCCUUUUCCAUAAUAAACAAAUAGUUUAGGAAAACAACACAAAACAAAAACCUGCAGGAAUAUCUUACACAGGGGAAGAGAAAUAAAGAUCUCCAGCUAAGAGAACCUCUGCCUGUCUGGUAGCCCU